CUUCAAAGUGUUCAAGUCGCUUCGAACCGACACGAAACAAUUGGGCCAUGACGCUCAUCCGCGACCGCUACCGUCCCGUACGGCAGCUUGCCCAGACAACGUACGGUGGUGUUUAUCUCUGCAACGACGAGCUCCUACUUCCUCGUCGCGUGGUGCUUAAGAGCGUGUCUCUUGUGCAUGCAAUCAACAUGUUGGACCAGCACAGCGAUGAGCUGCAGGCGCCCGACGACCCACGACAAGAAAAAGCCUUUGCGAAUCUGCAGCGCAGUGAGGCAGCUCCGCAUUCAAACAUUGUGCAGUACCUGGACGAUUUCAUUGAGGGCCACACCCUCUACUUUGUGCUCGAAUACUGCGCCGGUGGGGACCUCGUGUCCGCUGUGAACCGUGGGCAGAAUCGACGACUCGCUUGUGCUGAUGCGUUGGCACGAGUCAAGCAAAUAGCCACAGGCCUCGCUCAUCUACACAGCCGCAGUAUCGCCCACAGAGACUUGAGUCUCGAGAACGUGAUGCUCAGUCGCGACGUGUGCAAAAUCGGAGACUUUGGGUUGUCCACGAGGACAGAUCAGCAGUGCUUUGGACGGGUGGGCAAGGCGUAUUAUAUGGCACCCGAGGUGGUGGCGUCUCGAGCCGUGUACGACCCUAAGGCGGCCGACGUGUGGUCACUUGGUAUAAUUUUAUUCAUCCUCGUGACGGGGUCCCCGCUGGUGUCUCUGGCGACGGAGGAAGACGCAGCCUUCAGGGCGUUCCGGAAGGUCGGCGUGCGAGAUGUGAUGGAGGCGUGGCGUAUGGACGAUCUACUGGAGGGCAGCGCCAUGCAACUGCUUCAUGGGAUGCUGCAGUGCGACCCGACUAAACGACUGACUAUCGAGCAGGUGCUGAACCACGCGGCAUUUACGCAGAGGAAUCAAAGUGGAAAUCCAAGUUCUUAA